UAAUUUAUUGAUUUAUUAACUUAAUUUUGUGUUUUUCUUAGUCAGGUUCAUUUCAUGACGUUGCUAGAAAGGCUGAUGUCUCAUAUCAAACUCUCUGAUGGAGAGAAGUCAUCCAUCGAGGAUGAGUUUACUAUGAUCAAGCAUUCAAUACAAAAUAAAAGACAAAGCAACCAAGAGCUUGAUAAAGUCAAGGAUUUCAUUGAAAAAAUCAAAGUCCUCCAGUGUGACUUUGUGGAAAAUGAUACAUAUGCGUCUUCUCUCUCCACUUUCUGUAAGCAAGCAAGAGGAAAAUCAUUAUUUCCAUUGGUGUCAAGUCUAACAUCCAAGAUUGAAGAUAUCUAUAGCAGAUACCGCAAAGACAAGCACUUACGUCGCCUACCAUAUGCUGAAGAACAGAAUCACAAUUUUGACAGGAAAAGGCUUGGACAGUUGACUGAUAAAGUUACUGAUGCAACAAACCAAAUGUUUGAUCACAGAGUGAAAACAUAUCACAACUUUAUUGAUCUUUACAAAGAAGUGGAUCUUUACCAAACAGAAGCAUGCCGACUGAAAGAUCAGUUGCUGAGAAUAGCACCAGCUGACGAAGCUCAUGUAGUAACACUAGAGGCUUUUCAAAAUGAAUGUCAAGAAAAGUACCAAAGUAUUCUGACCAGGUUAUGCGAAGCCAUGAAAACAGUUGCAGUACCUUCGUCAUCAUCAGUUGGAACUGAUCUUCCAUCGCUGGGUCUGCCAUCAAAUGGAAUCUCAGAKGAAGCAAUGUCAGAGCAAAUGUUACAAGAAAUGGAAAGACACAUGAAGACACUCUAUGAUGCUACCGAAUUCAGCAACAAAACUGCAAAAGAAAAUGGCAGUCAACUUAAAGAGUUAACAGAUUCUUUCAUUUAAAAGUGUUACAAGAAGUAUCAGCGCCAUUAUCACCAGUAUCUCCAGAGUGAGAUUUGUCAAUAUAUUUAUACAAUGUGAAAAUAGCACCACAAGACUUCAUAUAUUAAUGUUUUUGAAUGUGCAUUAUUUUUCAACCAUAUUGUUAAUGUUUUUUAACGGAAAUCUAUCCSUCACUUCUUGUGUUUGAAAUCACGUUUUUAAUAGACCUAACAGCUAACGUAUUACAAUGUAGUUUACCACCCAGUUGAAAUCCUGUGGGAAAAAGAACGUUUUUUUUUCUAAGAAUUCAACUGUGAAAUGAAAAUACAGCAAACAAUGAAACUUACUCGUGGGUGGUUUGAAUUGGGUGAAAACGUUUAUAGCAAGGCGUUAGCUGAUUAGGUCUAAGGGGAAGAGGGGUGGAGCACGGACCAAAUAACUAAUGCAUGAGAUUGCACAACAUAUUGUACACUCAUUUGAACAAUUGUUGGAGGUGUGUUCCAAAUGAUUCACCAUAAUAAUUAGGUAAUUGCAUAUAUUUAUGUGUUGUAAGUUAUGAUUUAUUAACGAAUACUGUUCUUGCAACCAAAUUGUAGUAAUAUUGUAAUUGCAAAAACUAGUGAUAAUUUAUAUGAAAAACAAAAGAACUUUUAUGAUAAUUAUGAAUUCUUCGCAUUAUCGUAAUUCCCAUAAACUAGUUUGGUCCCAGCUGUUGUCUUCAAUCAUUUGAAACAUGCCAAAUUGUUUGUUUGCUUGAGUGUAUUUAAAGGACAAACUACAAUCCAGUAAUAUCUAUAGCAGCCUACAUACACUGUUAUAGACUGUACAGACACAACUUAGCAUUCUUUUCACAUUAUUACAACAUCUAUGACGGAAUAAUUUAAAUUUUUUUAUCAAUUUGUAUUGAGUGAUCAGUUAUUUCCUAACAUUUGUCACACACUUGUACAACUAAUUGCAGAUUUGUUUUAUUACUAAAUUGUACAGGAUAGAUUAAAUUAUAUAGAGAUAUAAUUAAAUGAAAAGUUUAACAACUUAGGGAAUGUGAAUUGCACGACCAUAAGGUUCAAUAAAAGCCCCCAAAAAGAUA